GCAGCGCGCAUUUCACCGAGGAAUGCUUCACGAAUUACCGGCAGAAAAUGAUGGGAUUCGGGAAAAGGCUCAUCCUGAGGCCGAACGCUGUCCCGACCAUAGCGGUGCGAGUGGAGCUCAUGACACCGAGCAGGACACGACAGGUAAACCUUCAUCUCAUUCACCGUUAUCCAAACACACCGGGGUGCCUGCCUUCUGAUGCUCUCCUAGAUCUCUGAUGAUCUGACAGCUCUUCCUACAUCUCUGAUGAUCUGACAGCUCUUCCUACAUCUCUGAUGAUCUGACAGCUCUUCCUACAUCUCUGAUGAUCUGACAGCUCUUCCUACAUCUCUGAUGAUCUGACAGCUCUUCCUAGAUCUCUGAUGAUCUGACAGCUCUUCCUAGAUCUCUGAUGCUCUCUUGGAGCUCCUCCUAGAUCUCUGAUGCGCUCCUAAAUCUCUGGUGAUCUCUUAGAUCUCUGAUGCUCUCUUAGAGCGCCUCCUAGAUCUCUGAUGCGCUCCUAAAUCUCUGGUGAUCUCUUAGAUCUCUGAUGCUCUCUUAGAGCUCCUCCUAGAUCUCUGAUGCGCUCCAAAAUCUCUGGUGAUCUCUUAGAUCUCUGAUGCUCUCUUACAGCUUUUCAUAGAUCUCCAAUGCGUGCCCAGAUCUGUGAUGCUCUCUUAGAUCCCCGAUGAUCUCUUAGAGCUCCUCCUAGAUCUGUGGUGCGCUUCUAGAUCUCUGAUGCUUUUUUACAACUCUUCUUAAAUCUCCGAUGCUCUCUUAGAGCUCUUCCGAGAUCUCCGAUGCGCUCCUAGAUCUCUGAUGCGCUCGUAACCCUCUCGUGCUCUCAGUCUUGUGAUGCACUGGUCCAGUCUCCUUUAACCCAGAUGAUUUAUUUUCAAGCAGAUCAGUGCGCUGUAAUCACUAUGCACUGACUUUCUCCCCUCACUAACCUCCAUCUCUACGGAUCUUCGUCCUUAAUCCCGAAUGACGGAUUUUAAUAUUGAUAACGCCGCACCGCCAACCGAGCAUCGAGCGGAAAAGCGCUUCCGGUCCGGGACGUGCCAAAGUAAAAGCCGCACGCGCAAGUUUUCCAGACGCAUUUCCCCUUUAACAGUUCUAGAGUCUAUAAUAAAUUCGAAAGCACGCGGCCUCAUAUUCUCUGACUAUUUGUAGAUGACCGUCAAGAAAGACGCGUUUUGCUUGCGUCAUCAGUCUGCGCCAGGAGGGCGCGCACACAUGAGAGGAAACUUCAACAUUCAAUUCAAUGAGAAAGUGGAAGAAACCACAGCCGAAACACGCCUGUGCCCAUUGUGUCAAAGAUGCCAAAAGGACAGCGAGGCUCUUGCUUGUCACCUGACUAAAAAACACAGCGUGCAUCCAGCUUGUCUUGAAAACCUACUCGUUUCAGCACCUUAUGCGAUCCGUUCCAGUGAUGGAGUCACAGAAUCCAGUCCAGAAAAUAUCAACGGCACAUCGCAGCAGAAGUCCUUCACCGAAUCCGCUUUAAUUCCAGUUCAACAAGAUGCUUCGUCCCAGGAACAUGAUACUAGUGAUAAAUCAGGAGUAGCGAACAAAGGAAGUGGCGACAGUGACUCGGGAGCCUCAGUCGAAAACGAUCCAAACAUUGCUGCUGCUAAAGGCAACGUUAGCCACCCUUUCAAGUGUCACGCAUGUCUGAAAUACUUUACUCACAAAUCUGCAUUGAACGUACACUAUAAUUCAGCCACUCAUAUCCAAAAGACGAGAACAGAAGCAAGGAAUAACGGUGAUUCCACAUCCCCUAUCCUUGCUUACCCUUAUGUCUCUAGCAAGCCGUACCAGUGUGACGUGUGCCACGUCUCUUACUUUUACCCCUUCGGCUUGGAGAACCAUCUAAAGUCUGUGUUGCACCAGAGUCGUACCAGGAAGGCUGGAAUCACUGCAGCGAUUUCCAAAACUAAUACAGGGACCGGGAUCACCGUGGCGAACCUGGGAGGCAGCACCGUGCCUAGUGCCAAGAAUCAUAACUGUGUGCCACAAGCAGAGAAGGUUCGGAUUCAACCUGCUUCCUCGUCGCUUCCUAAUCCAGUGUUGUCGGCUCAGGCAGUGCCUGCUGUUCUCCCUCUCCUAACAUUAGCUCCAAACUCUGUUCCACACACCCUUGUUCCCUCUGUCUUUCCUGCACCUGGGACUUCAACGACUCAGCUAAUACCCCAGCCCCAAAUGCUAAUGCCUCUUAUCGUGAACGGGCUCCAAACCCACGGUCCAACCCCAGACGGCCCUCGGCAUCUGUUGCAGCAAGCUGUGAAUGUUCUUGGUCUCAGUUCAUCACAGCAUGUUCAAGAACUUUGCUCAAGUGAAACACAAAGUCAUUUGGCAACUACUAUAGUCUCCAGCGCAUCUCAGACAACUUUAGAGACGAUUAAAUCUGCUGACGUGGCAGGAGUGAAAAUUGAAAUCAAGGAGGAGCCCUGUGAUCGAGAGGUAUCACCGAUGGACCCCUGUACAGCGGACGCUAUAAGUCAGGGAUUGAAACAAGAGUGGGAUGGAAUCGAGAACAGUAGAACUACUAAUAUUACUUUUUUCAGAAUAGACGGUGGGGACAAGCAGCAGAGCAAAGCUGUAAGUAUGGGGGAAAAUUCAAAAAGACACCCUCCGGAUGCAAAUAAAGCUUUAAGAACCGAAGACCUUCAGAGUUCACAUGUUACCAGAACCAGUCCUUCAAAAUGCAACCCUUCAAACGCUAAGCAUGUCUUAACGUCUUCAAGAACCAUGACUUGUUCAAGCUUGCCCUCUGGACCUCCAGUAUUAACCGAGUUUCAGUCCGAGGUCCUGUGGGCUUUUCUCGAGUCGCAGAACGAGGCAGAUUCGGUCAUUCCACCAAGAGAAGAUUGUGAAACCCUUGGCAGGGUCGUAGGACUAACUGAGGACGAGGUACGAAAUUGGCUAGCGAACACCCAUCGUACCAAAGAAAGGCAUUGUGCAGAUGUAAAAUCAUGCUAUGAGAGACGAGAAAGCACAGAGGAUGACGAAGAUGAUCUAAUGAUUGAUGAAAGCGGGGGGAUAGUCAUUCGCUCGACUACGGAUUUCCUUUCAGACGAAGACGGCGGAGAUAAACACACCACAGUGGAUAAGAAGAGAAAAAGGGUCAUGGAAAUGGAAGAUUCCGACGAGGACUCAUGAGAGGAAAUGUGCAGAUUUUGUUAUCAAUUUACAACCAGAUGAUCCUCCAGUUGACCCUCAUGGUUUUUAAACCACUCAUACCUUUGUGUCCACCAAUUACUUUCAGUCUCAGGUUCAAAAACCAUUUCCAAGACAUAGUUAUGUAUAUAUAUUGAAUGUUGUUGUGAUUUCAUUUCAUUCAUUACUCUGUUGGUUCCCUUCGGUUUUUGGGGAGCUGAUUGGUAAAAAGCAACACUACAGUUUUUCACUUUUUAUUAUCUUACCAUGUAAAUUUUGGUUUCUUUCUGAUUAAUGUGUAUAUAAUAUAUAACAGUGUCUAUGUUCA